UGGAGGGGUAAGUGCUGCAGAGACAGCGCGAGACCAGCUCAGGACUUGCAGUGCUGCUUUCAGGAUACCGGAUUCACACAACCCAGACCCGGCGCUAGAAACACCAUCCCAGAUCUGAAGAAGAUUUGCAUGAUGGAGAAGGUGACAUCAGAAGGAAAACAUCAGAAGGAUUCUCAUCAGGAAGAACUUGAGAAGAAGCUCCAGGAUGUCGGGAUCGAUCCACUCAUCUGGCUGCCGAGACUGCGGGGGGAUCUUAACAUUACCAGAGCACAAGCUUUACAAUACGUGGGCUUCAAGGACUAUCUGAAAUUAGAACGUUACUGUGAGCAUGAAUGGGAAAAAGAUGCCCUCAAAAAACUCCUCAAUAUACAAGAGAAGGAGUCACAGUCCAAAAAGGUGCAGGAUGAGCGUGCCGAGGCAUUUAAAAAGAGACGGCAGGAAGCCAGGUCUGCACUCACUGAGCUUCAACAGAUGCAAGAAAAAGGAAAAAAUCGCAAUGAUGGCCUUGUGAAGGAAAAGGAAGAGCAGCUUCAGUCGGCCUUACAGGUACCCAAAGAAUACUGGGUGCAUUCUGGGGUACCGCUUAAGGAUUUGAUAGAGAACAUGCAUAAGCAGUUAGACCUUGCAGAUUGUUCAAUGUUAAAAAGAGAUAAUCUAUCUGAUGUAGAGCUUUUGAAGUGUGCUUCAGGAGGACUUGCUUUGGAGGGGAUUUACAAAUCCAAUCGACUGGACGAUGCUAUGAUGAAACGAGAGCGUCUUCUUGAUGUCCCAGAGUCUUUCUCACUCUCCGGCUCUGAACAGAUGCCUCUGCUCAACCAACAAGAAGUUUCUUCCCAUGAAGCAGAAUCUACUUUUAGGAAAGCCAUGGAAAAAAUAGGCCUCAGCAUCACCUGCUCAGCCAAAGCUAGCUUUUGGGGUUUUGGUUUAGAAACCAACACAAAUGUUAAAUCUUCCUCUCAAUCUGAGCAAACACACCAGUCAGAUUCUGCGCACAGCUAUGCCUGCACCACAAAGUACAAUUACAUUCCUCUAGCCUCCUGUUUUUUUGGGAAGGACCAACUUCAUCUAUCAACUUCAGCACUAAGAGAGCUGAAAGUCAUCGAUGAAGCAUAUCUUAAAAAUAAUAAAGAAUUCAGCGAACAGAGAUGUUUGGAAUUCUUCAACCGAUUCGGUACCCAUGCCAACCAAGGGCCUCUUCACUUUGGGGGGAUAUUCUGGUGGAAGGCAUCUUCUGAAGGCUUUAGUGCACAUGAGAUGAAGGAGGUGAAAAAGCUGACGUCGGAAGCAUUGAGUACUUAUGUUGGUGCCAGCUACAGUGGACCUGUAUUGAGCUGUUCAGCAGGGGUUGAUGUAACACGUUCAAAAUCAGCAGGAUCUGUAAGUCAUGAUCGCAGAGAAACUCUUUGGCGUAAUAUACAGCUUUCUGUAUCGAAAACAGGGGGUCCAGCUGAAGCAGAUAGUCUCUUGCAGUGGAAAGCUGGUCUGAUUGCCAGUAACAAGACAUGGUGUGUUAUUGACAGAGGCCUUCAGAUUGUACCUGUGUGGGAUAUAAUCAUUUGCAAUCAUAAGGAGGAUUUCAGAGAUGCUGUGAAACUUGCCCACAGUCUUUCGGCAGCAUACGACAUGUUAACAAAGCAUGACAAAAAAGCAGCAGUUCUAUGUGGGGGAGAACUAAACACUCUAGAAGUUGAGGCACAAGCUGUCCUUCAUGGCAUUCGCAUGUGGAAUGUUUCUACUGCCGAGCAGCACUUAAUGAAACUGAUUGAAUUUAAAAGGAAGCUGACUGAUGAAAAAAAGAAUGUCAGUGUAUGGACCAGCAGAUUUCUCUCGGAUGAGGAUUUUCAGGAUUUCUUGACAACACUUGUUGCAACACAUACAAAUUCCCCUUGUGAUAACACAGUUAAAAUCAGGUUUCUAGUGCGUCAUCUUCUUGAAGAUGACAUUUAUGAUGUAAGCACAGAAAACUUCCCAAAUCGAUCCAGCAUUGUGAAAUGGAUUCAUCAGUCCAACAAUGACCAGCCAAGUGAAGUUUUAGUAUCUGAAUUUUCUCAGUUGGCUACACUUUUAACAAAAGCAAAAAAUGACAUCCAGGAGGUUUCUUACGUACGUGGUUCUUCUGAGGAUUCUAUACAUAGCGCAAAGGUCCAAAGCACCCGUCUGAUUACUGAUGCUCUCUACACUCUACGUAAGAGUUUAACAGAGAUGAAGAAGACAGAGGAAGAGUUGCUAUUGCUUACAAUUAGUGCAGUCAUAGGAUACUCUGAUAAAGAUAACACCUUUGAUCACAUUCUUGGAUGGCCAGAAAUUGAAUUCUUACUCCGUAAACUACAAAGUGCCCAUGCCAAGUAUUCCACUCUUAGGAAUGAAAGUGUUGCCAAAGCUCAAGCCUUCUUGAUCUCAACGGGGUUGACAGUAGCAGCGGAUUGCACUGCAGUAUCUCCUUAUGAGAAGAAACAACGUUUGGCCUUCAUGAAAGCUCAUUUGAAAGAAACUGUAUCUGAAGAAAUUGCAAUGCUAAUUGACUUCUCUGCUGAACCGGUCAGUGGUUGGGACAGACUUGAGAAAGACUUGAAUUCUGUUUCAAAAGGAACCGACCAAGCAAUGGUUAAGAAUGUGCAAAAUCAAGAAGGAAGUUUAACAAAUGAUUUGGAGGAAAUUUCUAAAAUGAAACCACAGGCAGUGUCAACGAUAGAAGAAAUAUCCCUAACAUUAACAAACAAGGAGUGGGGUGUAAUUGAAAGACUGGGGCUUCAGAAAUACUAUCCAAAGAAAAUGACAAUAUCCGACAUCCUUGUGAUUGACAGAUCGGCUUUAGAAGACUGCCAGCCCUCCACAGAACAGGAAUUGCUGUUUUUUUUCCUGCAAAAGCUUUUGAUGUUGGACUACAAGGCGAGGGAUGUGUUUUGCAACCUCAAAAACACUGAAAAGCAAACCACAAGCAGUACUCCAGCAGUGGCAAUGAGUCUUGAGGACUUUUUUUGUGACAGAAAUGCAAAAAUAAAACAAAAUACUGAAGAUAAACCACAACACAUUCACCCCAUGGAUGUUGAAAUGGCUAUUUAUCACUGUGCAGACAGUUUUCUGUGGCAGUACAUUUCAGCAAAGCUUUUAUUCUGUCAGUAUGCACUUCCUUGUUUGGUGCCCAACCCCUUCACAUCAAACAUAGAAUUUCCUUCCUGGUCUUUUAUGCAACUUAAAAAGAGCUGGAAAUGUUCAGAAAGGUCUGAUCAACAAAGUAAGACAGCAAAGUGCAAAAGCCAAUCGCUCUAUGAAGCUGAACUUCCGACUGUAUCGUUCAUACGGUUUGGUCCUUCUCCAUCCUCAAAGUCUCAGAUCUUGAACAAUUUAUUGAACAAUCAAAAGCACAAUACCUUUUUCCACAGGAACUGCAAAGGCAGCAGUGCACCUCGCCUCUUAAUGGGUGGGGUUGUGGAGAUAUCAUGGUAUUUCCCAGGUGGGAAGGACGAUGAUGUUUUUGAUGACUGCGUUGCAUUCACUAAUCUUCAUGGAGAUGCAAGAGAACAUGAGAAACAGUUUGAAUUUUUACUCAAGACUGCAACCAUCAAUGUAGUCCUUCUCACAGGCUCUGAUCGAAAUGAAAAGGGCAAUGCAAUUCUACAGAAACUUUUUAAUUCUCCAAAGCCCCUUAUCUGUCUUUGUGCUGACAUGAAAGUAAGUCCAGAAGAACAACAAGGAACAAAUAUUAGAAUAGCUGCUGAGAGCAGAAAUGAUGCUGACCUUGUUGAGGAUCUUGUAACAACAAUUAAGCGUCUAUUGCACAGCCAGAAGCAUACCUCCAGUAUUAAGACAUGCACGGGUAUUGCUAGGAACCUUGACUUUCUGAUUGAAGAAGACCAUGAACAUUGCAAGCAAGGCAAGUCCUUAGCAGAGGCAUUACUGGCACCACUGAAAAGUGAGAAGUUGUCUGUCAUUAAAGACAAGUACCUACCACUGCAAGGGGAACUAUGGCAUACAUGGUGCAAGAAAAACAAGGAGCUUUUACGUUUGCAGAUCAAAGGAAACAUAAGUGUUGAACAACACAAAAGUCACAUUGAACAGGCCAAAAAUGACAUCAGAAAAAAACAGUUCAGUAAAGCUUCUCCUAUGAACAAUCUAAUUAAAACAUUUCUUACAAAUCUGCAGUGCAACUCAGAGGCUACUAAAGUGUUUUUUCUCAAAUGGAUGGAAAUAUUUUUAUAUGACCUUACAUCAGAACAGCAUUUGGGACUUGAUGAAGCACAGCAUGAGACGUGGUUAAAGAUGCAAGCUUUAAAAAAAGAUGGGAAAAACGUCGACCACAUAGAAAAGGAACUGGACAAGUUAUCGAAUGAGCGAAUUGCUUCUACUUUUAGCCUUGAACACUUUUUAAGGGAACUAGGUCAAAUUUAUGAAGCUUUGGAGUCCCAGUCAAGAAAUGAAGAAGUAAGAUUUUCUCUCCCAGAAAUUGCUGCAGAUAUGAUGAUUUCAGGAUAUCCUAUUGAACUGAUGGAUGGGGAUGCUUCACAUGUGCCCCUGAAAUGGAUCAGCUCAGUUCUUGACAAAGUCAUUGAGAAGCUUGGUGACCAAAGAGUCUUUGUUCUUUCUGUACUGGGCAUUCAGAGCACUGGAAAGUCCACUUUGUUGAAUGCGAUGUUCGGACUCCAGUUUGCAGUCAGUGCAGGCAGAUGCACCCGAGGAGCUUUCAUGCAGCUGGUCAGAGUGAAGGAGGAUCUGAGACAAGAGAAGGAGUUGGAUUAUGUUCUUGUGGUAGACACAGAAGGCCUUCGGACUUUAGAAGUUGGGAAGUCAACCCUUAACCAUGACAAUGAGUUAGCAACCUUUGUCAUUGGUCUUGGUAACUUGACCUUGAUAAAUAUAUUUGGAGAGAACCCCUCUGAUAUCCAAGAUGUUAUUCAAAUUGCUGUUCAGGCAUUUCUGAGAAUGAAGCAGAUACAUCUGACCCCCAGCUGCAUGUUUGUGCACCAGAACGUUGGAGAAGUUACUGCAGGAGACAGAAACAUGGAAGGAAAAAGGCGAAUGCUGGCGAAAUUAGAUGACAUGUCCCGUACAGCUGCGAAGCAGGAGCUGUGUGAUGUUAGCUGCUUUAAUGAUGUCAUCAGAUUUGAUGUUAACACACACAUCCAUUACUUUGCUCAUCUUUGGGAAGGUAACCCACCAAUGGCACCUCCUAAUCCAAGCUACAGUGAACACAUUCAAAAACUGAAACGGAUGCUGCUCUGUUCUGUGACACACCAGAAUACAUUGAAGAUCUCGGGGUUUAAAACACAUGUCCAAGAUCUCUGGAGCGCACUCCUUGCAGAAAACUUUGUUUUUAGCUUCAAGAACACACUUGAGAUUGCAGCAUACAGGAAAUUAGAGGAAAUGUAUGCGGACUGGACUUGGAGACUGAGAAGUCGGAUGCUUGACAUUGAAAACAAACUGAAGAUUAAAAUUGAGCAUAACAGAGGAAAUGUUGUGGAAAAGAAGGACCUUGAAUCAGACAUGAAGGCAGAAUACAACGCUGUCACAAAAGAGAUGGAAUGUUAUUUUUUGGAAGACAAUGACCGAGAGAUACUGAUUCAAUGGAAAAGAAAAAUUGAACAACAACUUGCAGAUGUUAAAGAUCAGAUCAUUGGAGAAACUAAAAGGAAAUUUGACAAACUUGUUCAGCAGAAGAAAAGUUGUUGGGAUUUGGAGGAAAAGAAAUCUAAAUAUGAAGAUCAACUGCUGAAACAGAGCAAAGUGCUGGCACUGAAACUUAAAGCCAAUGAUUUGGAUGAAGAUAAACUAAAGAGUGAAUUUCAAAAGUUGUGGUCGGCUUGGGUGUAUGAUGUGACUUCAGACAUGCCCCCUGCUAAAAAAACUGAUGUCAAAAUUGAGACUGAGCAAAUUCUCCUUGAGCGUUUAGCAGGUGAGUCUCUUUCUACAAGAAUGGAGAUUGGCUCAUAUAAAAACUUACAGUCUUUCUUGGAUUUCUCCAAUUACAUAUCGAUAAACAAACGUUUCCGGUGCCUUGGUAAUAUGAUCACAGUAGAAAAAGCUAACCAGCUUUCCAUAAGGUUGACACAAGACAUAAUCCACAGUGUUACUGAAAGUAUUAAAGUAAAGGAGCGUGCCAAUGUCGAUUACAGUCCAACCUUCAUACAUGAAAUUGUCAAUAAAAUAGGCAAGGAUAUACAAGAUUUUCAAUCUGAGGAAAAAAGAUUUGUGUUUCAAAACAAUUACAAAACAGAUUUAUGUUUAUUGUUAUGUUAUCAAGCAGCACAGAGGUUUCAAGAAAUGCACAAUGCAUUCCAAACAGCUAAUGAUCCACUAACAUACCUUACAAAUAAGAAAGAGGGCUACUUCGGGAUCUUUGCAAACUUCUGCAAGGGUGCGACAUCCACCACUGGGCUAGCAGACUUUGUCGGUAGCCAGUUAAAAGAGGCAAUCCGUCAGGAGGUCUAUUAUAAGACAAAUGCAGACCUAGCAGGGGAAAUCAGGUCCAACACUCCUGCCUUUAAGGGCAAUAGAUCCAAUCUGGAAAGCCACAUUCUGAAAACUCUGGCAGAAGAUGAAAACUUUGAUAAGUUUAUGGAAUACAUCCAUUUUCCAAAACAGUAUUUUGAGGAAUUUAUUAACCGCUCAAUUGACAAUUAUUGCUGGCAUGGGAAAGAUCCCAGAAUACUUAGAGUCUUCAGAAAAAGUCUUGAGCAUUAUAAGAUCCGUGUUUUGUUCGCAAUUUCUAAAUCAACUGAAGUGGUUCAAGACAAAAAUGGUGGUGUUCCAAUGUGGCUGGAUGAGUUUUGUGGGCAGCUCAAAGAAGACCUAGAGUUCACAAGACGUGACUUGAAAAGUGUUGAAUAUCAGGAGAUCAAGGAUAUCAAGUUCCUUGAAGAAGCAAUGACUACAGUGCUGGAACAUGUUGUUGAAGAUUUAGAAAAGGACUUUAGUAUGGAAUCUUCAACAAAUACAAAAUCAUCCAGGACAGAAAUUCAAGAAAAACUGCUUGAUCACCUCUGUGGAUGCUGGGAGAAGUGUCCUUUUUGCAGUGCGAUCUGCACAAACACGAUCUCGGGUCACGAUGGAGAUCACAGUGUUGGCUUCCAUCGCCCUCAAGGAAUAUCUGGUGCUGAAUGGUACGAAACUGGCAGUCUAGUUGUAGAUAUUUGCUCUAGCCUUGUAGCUAGUGACUCUCUGCUAGAACUGAGUGAUGACAAAAGCAUUCCUUUCAGAAAUUACAGGGAAGCUGGGCCCAGCUAUGCAAAGUGGAGCAUUACACCAGACAGCUCGUUACAACCAUACUGGAAAUGGUUUGUGUGUCAAUUCCAAUCAAACCUGGAAAACAACUAUUCAAAAACAUUCCAUGAACAGGGUGAGAUUCCAGCUCAGUGGAAGACCAUCACAAAAAGUGCAGCUAUUGAAAGCUUAGACCUGUGAACAAGAUAUCUUGUAAGGCAAGUCUUGUAUGGUGUAUUAGUUAUAUAUCAUCCUCCAACAAAUGUGUUAUUUUAGAAGAAGAAAAAUACAUAACCCAUAAGUAAAAUGAACAAAAGUUAUUUUUCAUUAUUUUGCUUUGCGCAAAGCUGAAAAUGUAUUUGGAUUAAUUUUGUUUGAAUUUGUAAUGUUUUUAAUGUCAUGAUAUUUUGUGUCAGUGUAUCUUCACAAACUUAAAGAAUUACAGCUGCUGAAUUAGGGCUUAAAUCAUUCAUGUGACAUUGCAGAGUUAUUAUUUACCAUUAACCCUUUGCAGCCCAUUUAUUCAGCGCUUGUCGGGUGCGUUGGGUCCAAUUUAUUUUCACACUUGCU